AUGGCAGAACAGCUUCAGCGUGGCCACAACACCCUCCCCGGCAUCUGGACCGCCGUCGCGCCGUCCAGCAUGGGCGGCGUGGACUACAAGCUCCACGUGAACCUCAUCAACGACCUCAUCGUCGGGUACAUGGUCGGCGCCGCCCCGAACACGUCCCACACCAUCUCGCUGCCGCUCAAGGGCGCCAUCGACCCCAAGCCGCGGCCGGACGCCGGCCCGCACGGCGGGUACGCCCUCGGCUGGACGGUCGCGGGCCGCGCGGAGCCGGCGCUCGUGUUCUCGACGACCGCGUUCAACGCGCAGUACUUCCCCGGCGGCGGCCGCGGCGAGGACGACCGCAUCGUUGGGCAGUGGGUCGUCGCCGCAAGUACCGCCCCGGCCAACGCGUGGGAGAGCCCGAACGUGGGCAGCGUGGUCUUCCAGCGGGCGCGGCCCGGCGUUGCCGAAUUGGAGACAGAGACAGAGCCGCUGCCCGUCGGACCGCCGGCGGGCGCGAGUCCCGGGCUCGAAGACACGCGGCUGGAGGGCACGUGGUACAACGAGCUCGGGUCGCACAUGACGCUCAGUCUGGGGCCAAACGACACGCUCGGCGGGGUGUAUAACUCGAAGGUGGGCGAUGUGUUUGCGGAGUACCCGCUGUGGGGCGGGUUCUACCGCUACUCGCCUGCGGGCGCGGGGGUGGCGCUGGGGUGGGCGGUCGCGUGGGAGAACGCGGAACACGGCGACACGCAUUCGGCAAGCACGUGGGCGGGGCAGGCGUUCUUCGGCGCAAGGCCGGAGGACGAUUUGAUCACGACGCGGUGGCUCCUGGGGGUGAGCACGGCGCCGGAGAAGAUCUGGGCGGCGACCAUGCUCGGCGGAGACGUGUUUACCCGGCGGGCCCCGACAGCGGCGGUCGCCGCGGCGGCUAGCGCCGGAGCCGCAGGCUCGCAUCCCUCAAUUGAGCAAAUUAUCAAGAAGGGCAAGGCGGUUGCGCAGUUGUAG